AUGUGGCCCUCAACGUUGGAAGUAGCCAAAAUGAAUCCGUUUGGAACGCCGUACAUGACAGCUAAAUGUCAGCAGGGACAGUACGACCUUACUCAAGCACUCGUUAAAAAUCGUCACAUUGCCGCUGCCUCGGUCCAAUCAGGUGACAGCUGUGAAUUUGGAUCCAAUCAUUAUUUCAUGUUAUGUGGUUUGGGAGGUAUUUUAUCAUGUGGUAUUACACAUACCAUGGUAACUCCCUUGGACUUAGUAAAAUGUCGAAUCCAAGUAGAUCCUGCAAAGUACAAAUCAGUCUUCAAUGGUUUUCGAGUGACUCUGGCUGAAGAUGGAGCUCGCGGUUUAGUAAAAGGUUGGGCUCCAACAUUCUUUGGUUAUUCCAUUCAAGGAAUGUUCAAGUUUGGUCUUUAUGAAGUUUUCAAAGUAUAUUAUUCGGCUCUUAUCGGAGAAGAAAUGUCGUACGAAUAUAGAACAACUUUGUAUCUAAUUUCUUCUGCAUCCGCCGAAUUUUUCGCCGAUAUUGGUCUAGCUCCUCUUGAAGCUGCUAAAGUCAGGAUUCAAACUAUGCCAGGAUACGCGAAUAAUUUGAGACAAGCUUUUCCAAAGAUGUACGGUGACGAAGGCCUUGGUUGCUUUUACAGAGGGCUGGUACCUUUGUGGCUUCGUCAAAUUCCAUACACAAUGAUGAAGUUCGCUUGCUUCGAACGUACACUUGAACUUUUGUAUAAGUACGUAGUUCCUAAACCAAGACAAGAAUGUACAAAAGGUGAACAGUUGGUUGUCACCUUUGCCGCAGGAUAUAUUGCCGGUGUAUUUUGUGCGAUUGUGUCUCAUCCUGCUGAUUCUGUUGUAUCAAAAUUGAAUCAAGAAAGAGGAGCAUCAGCUAUAGAUGUUCUGAAAAAGCUUGGUAUGACUGGGGUAUGGAAGGGUCUUGGUCCUCGAAUCGUUAUGAUUGGUACAUUAACGGGAGCGCAGUGGUUCAUUUAUGAUGCUGUUAAAGUAUGGCUUCGUAUGCCUCGUCCACCACCACCAGAAAUGCCGGAAUCCCUGAAGAAGAAAUAUGGAUUAGCUUAAUUAUCAAGCACCAAAAGUAUUUUUAAUUAAAUUGUGAAACGAUUACAGUUAGAGAGAAAGGCAUAGAUAAAUUAAUUCUUUACAGUACAUUGUCGAACAAUGUUUUGCCAUACAAUUUGAGUAUUUAUUCUGUAAUACAGAGAUCAGUGCAAGUUCUCACUGCCCCAGGAUUAGACGUCACUAUGUGCUACAUACAUGAAUUAUAGUAAUUUGCUACCAAUUCUGUGAUUACAAAAGGGGUAGCACAUUUAAAGAAAAAUUUAAUUAGUGACAGUAAGUUACCUGCUGUAACCAAACUGUUACUUUGUAAAUAGAGUGAUCACCAUAAAUAAAUGAUCUGUGGUUA